AUGGCCAGUAUAUCAUCAACUGUUACUAAAGCUUCUUUAAUAGGCAGCAUAGGCUUGUUCCUAUUCUGCUUUAUAAGUUAUCUUGCAAGGGGCUGGCCUUUUAGCAAACGUCCUACAAUCGAUGUCCCGACGGUUUCUCCCCGCCCCAACUCAGUCUUCGAUUUUGGAUCACUCUUACUCCAAGGCUACUUUGAGCAUCCAAACAAGCCAUUCAAAAUUGUCGGGCCACAAUCGGAUCUUAUACUGCUACCCAAGCAAUAUGCUUCUGAGUUGGGGACCUACAAUUACCAACAGCUUAGCUUUGGGGCGGCUAUCCAUGAUUUCUGGAUAUCGAAACACACCACUUGGAGGUACCACUUGGACGACGAGACUGGGCGUCAAACCCUCAUGGGAAGUCUGAAAAGAUAUGGUGCGCAUGUUGUUUCGGUCAUCGACGAGGAAAUCGAACAUAGUUUUAAAGAAUGGGAAGACGGGUACUUCCAGUCAACGAAGGACAAACGCCACAUCAACCAGAACACGUCCGACGGCUGGACUGAGGUUUCGAUGAAUCCAUGUCUUCGGCCGUUGGUCAACCGUACCUUUGGAAGGGUUCUGGUCGGCGCACCAACGUGCAGAGAUCCAGACUGGGUUACCGCCGCUAGCGGCGUUGGCAUCAAGCUGAUGCUAGCAGCUCGAGACCUUCGCGGAUUCCAUGCCUGGCUGCGACCUCUCAUCAAGCAUGUGCUACCGAAUUAUCGCAUUCUGAUGGCAGCACGGCGAAAGCUCGCGGAGAAGAUUGCUCCAAUUGUGAAAGAGCGUCUGCUCCAGGAUAGAGCACUGGAACAGAGACCCCACGACAUGAUUGGGUACCAGCUUCAACACUCGGCUGGAUGGCGGACCACCGAUGUUGACUUCCAAGUUGGUCAGAUCUUCGAUAACGUGUUUGCUGGAGAUAAUCAAAUUGUCAAUGCCCUAUUGCAAUGCGUUUACGACUUGGCGUCGUUACCUGAAUGUCAACAGCUCAUGCGAGAAGAGGUCUGCAAUGCUCUCAGCCAGAGCAAGGUCAUUACUCUAGAAUCAUUGUCGCGGAUGCCCAAAGUAGACAGCUUCAUGAAGGAAGUGGUUCGUAUGAGACCGGGUACUUUGAUAGUUGUCAUGGCUCGGAAAGCCCUCUGCGAUGUCAAACUUUCAGACGGCCUCGUUAUUCCUCGUGGCGUCACAGUGGCAAUGCCGUCGUUUGCCAUAAACCACGAUCCGGCCGUUUAUGGGGAAGACGCCGCAUCUUUCAAGCCGUUUCGAUUUGUCGCCAGCGAUAACAACACUCCCUCUUCCGCGGCUUUCGAGUCAAUUUCAGGACCGGGCCUUGAUUUUGGACGUGGGAAGGCUUCUUGCCCUGGACGCUACAUCGCUCUGUGGACAAUGAAAGUCGUGCUUGCACGGUUCAUUUUUCACUACGAGGUGAAGUUGAAGCCAGGGACGAGUCGACCGGAAGACAUUGCGGCAGGGGUACACAGAAUUGCAGAUCUGGCGGGUGAUAUGCUGAUUAGAAAAGUAGUGGCAUAA